AUGGCUGGUACAUUGGGGACACUGGCACCGCAGUGCUCAAAUAACCCAUGGCUGGUGGGAGGGGACUUCAAUGCUGUCCAUGAUCUAAAUGAGGUUUGCGGAAUAUCAGGAGAUAUAAGGAUAGCUAUGGAAGAUUUUAAUAAUGGGAUUCAGGAGGCCGAGUUGUUACCACUGCCCAUGCAAGGAGAAUGGUACACGUGGCACAACCGUAGUACGACAACACGAAGUUUAUGGAAGAGACUGGAUCGAAUUCUUAUUAAUGACCGAUGGCUUGAGAGGUUUCCUACCUCAUCAUAUCAUAGUCUUUUACCCCGGACAUCUGACCACUCGCCGCUUGUCCUUCAUGGGGAUUCACCGCAACAUAAUGGAGGUAUGUUUCGGUUCGAUAAUUACCUUACAAAAUCGCCGGAUUUCAUCCCCAGUGUUCAGAAUAUUUGGCAGCCUGAGGUGAUUGGUGUGCCUAUGUAUGCGGUGACACGUAAACUCAAAGCCCUAAAACAGGUCUUCAGACAGCAGAGGAGAAACAAAGGGGACUUGACUCGUAAUGUCCAAUUGGCAAAGGGUUUUCUCGAUGAGGCGCAAACAUUGUAA